AUGGCUGAACCUAUUGUCAGACAAUCAACGAUCGGAACCCCAUUAGGGACGGUGACUAGUUACGAGCUGCGCUAUCUGACGCUGGCAAGCAUACCACCCCCUGGAGCAGCAGAAACAUGGCGGAGUCAGUCUGCUCGACCACAACAAUUGCUGCCUCAGCAGUUGCUUCAGCCACUAAGUGCUGGUACCAUCAGUGACUUGGGCGAAGUGUUGUCCACCUACCUUGAUGGGUUGCUAUGCUCAGCAGUCUACUUGGUACAGAUGCGUGCUAAAAACUGGGCUGGGUCAAGCCCAUGGUCACCGAUUAUUGCCUUUCGAAUGAACGACGCUUCUGGUGUUGGUUGGGAAGCAUUAUCAAUGAACAAUACUGCCCAUUAUGACUUUGCCUCGAUGCCAGCUGGACUCGUUACACGACUGCGUCUAUCAAGCGGCCUCCCAAGUUUUCCGUUCAAUUCGGAGACUGAUGCGCUUGAAGAACCUGUCACGUCGUUGCCAGACAUCGAAGGAAUCGCAUCUGUGUUCGCUGACAAGUCAACGCUUGGCUCUACAGCCUCUUUGCAAAACUUAGUAGUAGUUGGUGGAGGUCUGGCAGUUGCACUUGGGUGUCUAUUUUUCCUUGGUCUUACCGCCUUGCUCAUCGUCUGCCAGCGAAGACGAGCAUAUCGCCGAAGAACAGGCAUAAUGAUGUCAGAGUAA